AUGGGCUUCCCAGGCGCAGGAGGUGGUCAUAAUGACCAUUCGGCACACCAAGCUUUACACAAGCGAUGCCCAUAUGCUGAUUCUCAGGCCCAUGCUGAGACCAAGGUUGACAAGCGAUUUCUUCUUGAUUCAAUGAAGUCGCCGGUUGAUGUCACCGGCGAGCACGCAUUUCAACCACCCAAUUUUGAGAAUGGUGAUCAACGCGGACCCUGUCCGGGUCUCAAUGCAUUGGCAAACCAUGCUUAUAUCCCUCGUGACGGGGUAGUGUCGUUUGCAAAUGUGAUCACGGCGAUCAAUGAAGUCUAUGGAAUGGGUGUUGAUCUGGCUACCAUUCUUGCCAUAAUGGGCACCGUCUGGACUGGUGACCCCCUUUCACUUGAUCCGAGAUUCUCCAUUGGAGGUCGAGACACCGGUGUCAACAACCUGCUCAACAACUUGGGCGGACUGCUGGGCGAACCUCAAGGUCUUAUUGGGUCCCACAACUUCAUCGAAUCUGACUCCUCCAAUACCCGCGAUGAUCUUUAUGUUACCGGUAACAGCCAUACGCUCAACAUGGAUAAGUUCAUGACCUGGUACAAUAUGUCGACCGACGGCACAUUUGACAUGGAUCUCAUGGCAAAACGCGCCAAGAUUCGUUUCGACGAAAGUAUCCAAACUAACCCUGACUUCUACUACGGUCCAGUCACAGGUCUGAUUGCUAGAAAUGCCGGUUAUUUGUUCUCAGGUCGCUUGUUCAGAAACCAUUCUAUCGAAAACCCAGAGGGGGUCUUGACAAAGAGCCAUGUCCGAAGCUUCUAUGGUAUUCAAGGCGAUGAAGGCAACUUGACUUAUCGGGAGGGAUGGGAAAGAAUCCCUGACAACUGGUACAAAACCCCUGUGGACUGGGGACUUGUCCAGCUCAACUUGGAUACUAUUGACUGGAUCCUCAAGUACCCGGAGCUUGGAAGCAUUGGUGGAAACACGGGUACAGUUAACUCCUUCGCCGGAGUUGACCCUGCAGACCUCACAGGUGGUGUGUUGAACUUGACCACCCUUCUUGAGGGUAACAAUUUGCUUUGUUUCGUAUUCGAGGUCCUCAAGUUUGCCAGUCCCAACGCACUUGGUGGUUUGUAUUCGACUCUGGCUGGUCCUUUGGAAUUUGUCACAAACAUUCUCUCGGUGCCCUUGCUGAACCUCACUUGCCCGGCAUUCAAAGACUUGCAAAUGGGAGGCAAGCCGAUCUGGGAAGCACUCAAGGAUGAUUUCCCUGGUGCUAUGAAGAGUGGUCGUUUCUUCUAA